AGGCUCAUCCGGUUCGACUAAACUGGAGCCGCUGGAGGCUCAUGGAUGCUAUCUCUGUGCUGAUCACCAGCAGGCCAAGAUGAUGGCCUCAGAGGCCACAGGAGCUUACUCGAACCCAUGGUAUCAUUUCCAGACACAUCCACACUCUCAGCAGUAUACAGUCAAGAGGCCCACUCAACUUGAGGAAGCUCCUGGGCACGUUGAAGAUCACCACCAUCACCAUCCUCACAGACACUCCAGGAAAAUUGUGCUUGUGAAAAACAGUGACCCCUCAGUCCGGAGGAGCAUCGUGCUGCGCCGCAGGAGCCUGCGCAGUCUGGCACUCUUCAUGGACGAGGUCUCUGAACUCAUGCAGUGUCUCAUCAGGAAGCUCUACACACUGGAAGGCCACAAGGUGAGUCUCUUCUUAAAAUAUACUCUAAUGUCCAAAUGUUUCGGCUCUGUAAGAAAUUAUUACAAAAUUAACUCUAUUAUUCAGCAAGAGUUCGUUAAAUUGAGCAAAAGAAUUGACAGUGUGCAAAGUCUGCUGCAUUGCCCGAGCAUUUUAGUUUGUGUGGGACGUGAGCCUUUCCACCCACUCCUGUUGAACAACUUUAGGAAGAACUCUUACGACAAACUUCCAAGGCUGAACACAAAGCAACGCUCUAGUGUCUGCAGUGAUGAAAAGGGGACCAGGAAAAAUGUCAACUUUGGACUUGAAACUAAGAGAAGCGUCAUCCAUCCAAGGUGUGAUUCAAGCAACAGAUCAGCAAGACUAUCCAUCUCUUCUGAAAAGUUGUUUCCCAAUGGACUUAACUCUUUACCACCAGGGCACAGAGGUGCUUGUCCUCAUCCAUGUGAAAAUACGAUGGAUGAUGACAUUGAAAAGCGAGUUCUGGUCAACAAAGACGGAAGCCUGUCAAUGGAGAUGAAAGUGCGCUUUCGACUAUUACACAACGAGACAUUGCACUGGUCCACGGAAGUGAAGAAGGCAAAGAGCACUUUUAAUGAAUCCCAUAUUGUACAUGAUGAUGCUCGUUCCCUCUCGCAUGGCAGUGCUGAGAGCUGCUCAGAAGCCGAUUCUUGUGCUGCUGGCGAAGCAGAUGAGGCAUACAGCACCAAACGUUACCAGAGACACUUUGAGGAGCCACAUUGCCAGCACUGCUGUGCUCACUGUCAGGGAUAUGAUAUCUGGAAGAAUCCUGUACCUCCUGAUCAAGGAUCAGUAAGACGCAUCAGAUCUUCAAGCUCAAGUGCGUCCUCGCGGAGAAUAGUAUGCAAAAUGGCAUCUACUGACAGCAUACGCACAAUGUCCAGUGAGGAGUACACAGAGCAUGUAGUGGAAAAGGCAACUUGCAUUCAACGGACCUUUGGGCAGCAGGGUGACUCCACAGUUGAACAAUGUACCAUCAACCAUUGCCACAGUCGAAGUGAAGUACGCUCAAUGUCCCCUAAAACAAAGAGCACAAGUGUUGUAGAAGACAAGCCUGAGAAUACUCAUGUAUCUGAAAAUGAUGAGAACAGACCUGAUGUCAUAUCUUCUAACCUCCCUAAAGAUCAAUUAAGUGUUCAGAUUACUCAGCCAGUUGAGGAAGAGGAGAGGCCUGUAUCUGUUGUGAGUUCUUCUUCUCAAAUUUUAGCAUCACUGAAGGAGGAUCAAGAUGAUGAAGAUGUUGACCUUCCUCUGAACACCUCGGGAACAUCUCAUGGCCAACAGGAAGACGAGGAGAGCAAAGAUGCAGAACCAAACCCAUGUUCUACUACAUUCUGUAAAUCUCCUGCAUCUCCGUCACAUUUGUCACCAAGACCACCAAGCAAAGCUUCAUCUUUAGGACAGUCUAAAAGAUCCAGAAAGUUGGUCAGUCCAGAAGUAGAGGAUGAAGAGGGCAGGUCUGAAGCAUCAGCGGCACACAAAGCAUCAUCCAGACUCAAAAAUUUGGUCACGAAGGACUUAGAAUCUCCAGGGGAUUCUGAAUCAACUGAUCAACUAGAAGACAUUCAACACAGAACUGAUGUGCAAGAUGAACAAAAAGACGAAAGGGCACUAAGUGCGCUGUCAGCCAAAUCAAAAACUUCUGUGAAGUCACUGUCUGAGUUUUCAGCCUCUUGUGAGAAUGAAAAUGAUGCUGAGUUUAUUGGAGCAAACAGUGAAAUAACAGAGGAGCGAUGCUCGAGUGCUAUCUCCAUAAAAUCCAAUAUCUCUGGAAAAUCGAAUAAAACAAAUGUUUCAGAGGUACUUGAAAAGGAUGGAAGAGCACCCAGUACCAUGUCAGUAAAAUCUCAGAAAUCCGACAAAUCAAGAAUAACCGACAUCUCAGACAGUGGGUCUGAGGAACAAAUCUUUGAAGUAAGAACAUCAAGUGCAAUGUCUGUUAAAUCAAAUAUAUCCAUAAGGUCAAAAGUAUCAGAUGUUGGCUUUGUUGAGGCGCUACAAGAAAAUGUUGAGGAGAGGGCUGUAAGCGCUGUGUCAUCUAAAUCUAAUAUUUCUGAUACAUCUAGUCAGAAGCAAAAAGCUUCAAAUAUUAAAUCUGGAACAUCAAACAAGUCUGGAAUCAAAGUGGUGACAAAUGAUGAUCAAACAGUGGAGAGGGCUCCCAGCUCCAUUUCGGUAAAAUCAAAUAUUUCUGCAAGAUCUAAAAUGUCAAUUGAGCUGAGCGAACUUGAAGAUGAAGACAGAUCCCCCAGAAGCAUUUCUGUUCAAUCAAAUGUCUCGCAUAAAUCAAAGUCUGACAUGUCAGAAGCAGCAUCUUUCCAAGGAGAUGAAUCUUUAAAUUCAGUGACAUUAAACACACCUGAAGCUGAAGCAGCUCUUCAAACAGAGCUACCAGGGGAGAGAUCGCCAAGCUCUGUGUCUUCAAAAUCAAAUAUCUCUACAAGAUCCAGAGCAUCCAAAAAUGUUGAGGUAGACCAAGACAAAGCACAGGAAAAAGAUGAUGUUCAGGAAAGAGCAUCAAGUGCUAUUUCUGUAAAGUCUACUAUAUCUGCAAGAUCAAGGAAAUCUGAAACAACACCAAAAUCAGGAGAAGAAAUGAAGGAACAAGCUCCUAGUGUUAUGUCAGUCAAAUCAAAUGCUUCCUUAAAAUCACAUAAGUCUAAGAUGGAGGAGGAGGAAAUAGAAAACAGGGCCUCCAGUGCUUUGUCUGUUAAUUCUGAAGUGUCCACAUUGUCAAAAAAAUCUAAUCAGUCCGAUGUAGAGCAAAUGGAGAAAAGACCAUCAAGUGCAAUAUCAGCUAAAUCAAAUAUUUCUGUAAGAUCUAAAGGGUCCAAAAUGUCAGAGGUUGCAGGAGAUGAUGCUCGAUUAUCUGCAGCAGCAUUACAUAUCUCUGAAACAUCAAAUGAAUGCAGCACAGCACCUGAAGAAACCUGCAUAGGCACAGAGAAGUCACCAGACAAAGAGAAAAGAGCACCAAGUGCAUUGUCAACAAAAUCCAAGAAAUCCAAAAUAUCUGAUAUGGCUGAUGAUAUUGUAGCUAGAGAUAGAGAUGAUUUGAGAUCUGCAAGUGCAAUGUCCUCUAAAUCAAAUGUAUCUGUGAAAUCAGCGGUCUCAGAAUUGGUCACAGAAGAGCCUUUAGAAGCACGGGACCAAACAGAAGAAUGGGCUCAGAGUGCAUUGUCAGCACAAUCCAGUCGGUCAGGAGUGACUGUAAGUGAGGGAGUUGAUGUUGCAGAGGAACGGCCACUAAGUGCCAUGUCAUCUAAAUCCAAUGCUUCUGAAAGAUCAAAAAAAUCCAAUAAUUUAAAAGUGCUAACUGCUUUGCCUCAAACAGCAGAACACCAAACAGAGGAACGAGCUCAGAGUGCAUUGUCAGCUAGAUCAAGUGUUUCAGCAAUAUCCAAUAAGUCCACAAUUUUAGAUGUUUUAACUGAUGAGAUUGUUGAUGUGAAAGACCAAGAAGAGAGAGCUUCAAGUGCUUUGUCUGCAAAAUCCAGCAUUUCUGCAAAGUCAAAGAAGUCAAAUGCUUCUGCAACAGACUUCAAAGAUGAUGAGAAAGAAAAAGGAGACAGAGUACCAAGUGCUAUGUCAGCAAGAUCUGACAUUUCUACCAAAACUAGUAUCUCUGCAAAAUCCAAAGCAUCAAAUGUUUCAGAAAUACCACCAGAAAAGCCUGAUGAUGAAGAAAGUGAAGUAAAAGCACCAAGCAUUACUAAAUCCAGUAUUUCAGUAAGAUCCAAUAAUUCAAAGCAUGCAGAAAUGGGUGCUGAAGAAGAGGUUCUGAACAUAGAGAGACCUCCAAGUGCAAUUUCAGUAAUAUCUGAUGUCACACAUGAUCUAAAUGAAAUUACAAAUGACGGUGAAAUCCAAGAAAGGGCUCCCAGUGCUGCAUCUACAAAAUCACGUUCCUCUAUAAGAUCCAGAACAUCAAAUGUUUCUGGAAUAAUCAUAUAUGAGCCAGAUAAAGAAAAGGUAGAGAGGGCACCAAGUUCUAGGUCAUUGAAAUCUGAUGCCUCUGGAAGAUCUGAUCCAAAUUACUCUGUCAAUAAAGAAAAGGAAGCAAGAACAGAAAGCGCUUUGUCCUCAAUUUCUGUAAGAUCAAAGAAGUCAGAAGAUUCUGAAAUAAUUAGCAGUGUAGAGCAUAGAGCAUCAAGUACAUCAUCAGUUACAUCUGCAAGAUCUGCAAGAUCUAAAAGGUCAAAUAUUUCAGAAUUAGCUCCUAAAGAAAUUGGAAACACAGAUACUGGAGAUGUCCGAACAUCAAGUGCAAUGUCUGCAAAAUCUUGUGCAUCUGAGAAAUCAAAAUGUUCAGAAAGAACAACUGAGGAGGAUGAAGCAGCAAGUAAAAUGGUAGACAGAACAACCAGCUCUUUGUCUGUGAAGUCAAAUCCAUCCAUAACAUCUGAUGCCACUGUUAAAUCAAGUGCUGUGCCUACUAAAUCAAAUGCUUCUGCAAAAUCCCUCCUCUCAGAAGCUGAAGAGCCUGACAGAAGAUCAACAAGCGUGGCCUCUAAUGCAUCUGCACAAACUAAAAUGUCUAAAGCAGGUGUGAACACAAAGGCAAGCCAUUCACCAAGCAAAUUAUCAGUUAAAUCAAAUGUAUCUACUAGGUCCAAGAAGUCUAAAGUUUCUGAGGGUGAGGACCAUACACACACAAACACUGAAGAUACAGAAUUAAACAGAGAUGAGAGUCUGUUGUCUGAUCACUCAAAAGUAUCUCAAACAGAGAACUCAAAUGAAUGUAUUUGUGGUGCAAUAAACAAACCAUCAAGUCCAGUGGCAUCUUCUGAAAAAAACUUCGUCCAUGAAGAGAUACCGACAAGUCCUCUGUCUAAAAAGUCAGCCAAGUCCGAAGUCAGUUCAGUUGGUUCUGCCUAUGAAAGAGUUUUUACACCAACAAGCACCUCAGUUUCUAUUGGGAUUGUUGAAGAUCAUGAGGCUGAUGAUGUUGAGGAAAUAGAUGGAGGUGUUGUUUCAAUUAACUCUGCUUCUUCAAUUACUGAAAUAUGUGGUAAAUCUGACCAGUGUUUAUCAGAAUCUCCAGUAGAAAUCACAAAUGAAGCAACACUGACACCAGAGGAAAGACCUAAAAGUUCGGCAUCAGCCAAGUCAAAUGUAUCAGGUAAAUCGAAGUCCAAAAGCUCUCACUGUGGCUCUACAUGUCCUACAGAUACAAUUCAGGACAGAGAUGAUGUAGCAAGUAAUAAAUCCUCCAAAAUAAAAUAUGUAAUGACUUUAUCUGUAAGCCAACCAUCAGCCAACAGUUCAAUGUGGCAGAGCUCUCAAACCCAGGGUAUUCGUCCAUCUAGCAAAACUUCCAAUGUGUCUGUACACACUGAAAUCACGGGUCAAGAGAAAGCUGAAAGUCCAGAUGUUACCCAUAAAUCUCAAAGUGUCUGUUCAAAAUGCAGUUCUACACAAAAGAUAGGAACAGUUUCACAUGCUUCAAGUGCCUCAGCAAUCACAGAGUCUCAGAAAUCCAAAACUAAAGAAAGAAAUCCUGCAGAAAUUACUGACAGACCAAAGAGUAAUAAAUCCAGUUCAUCUUCUCGUUUGAAAGUAAAGGGUCAAAAGAAUGAUGCUGAAGCUACAGUUGUUAAUGAAAAAAGCAAUAAAUUAAAAACCAAGUCAACACAGAAAAUUGAGGACAAUGCACUCAAGUGUCAUUCAGCGACUUCUGUUGCCUCAGGAAACCAGCUAAGUCCCAACCCACCAAAGUCUCCUAAAAAAUCCAAAAAACCUGUUAUUCUACUUGGCAGCUCUAAUGAUAGCAUGUUAUCGCAGACCGUUCCUGCUCCAAAACCAAAUGAAGAAUAUAUUGACAAUUUGAAUGCAGCAGCAGAAAAACCUCAGUCUUGUAGAUCAGAUACAAAUGUCAGUGAAAUUAAAAGUGAAAAAAGUAGCAAAUGUAGAAAAAGAAUUGGAAGUGGCUCUUCUUGCCACAAGAUGGAUGGUGAUAUAUCUGAGCUGAGUCCUUCUUCCUUGCCAAAUGCUUCUCCAACUGAGGUGGUGAAUGAAUGGCUGAAGAAAAUCCCAUUAGACACCACCUUGUGUGAUUUGGGCGAUGAAUUCCAUGACAAUUAUGAUUCGAUAGAGCCACUUUGCACAUUGCAUGUACCAUCAGGAGAUGAUAAUGAGCAUGGAAGUUUGCAGCCAAGUGAUGUUACCAAGAUUGAAACACAAAAUGAAAUGGAAGAUGCUCAGGUGGUGAAUACAGAAGGGGCUACUGACAAAAAAUCUCCUGAAUUGUCUGAGGAUGAUCACUCUCAGAGAAGGGAUGAACCAAAGAUGUUUGAUUCUUCCGUUCUAGUGAUGAAAGUCUUGUUGAGCCCCAAACUCGACCGAUGCAAUAGCCUACCAGAGGUAUCUUCUGUAUAUGGACGUAAGCUCAGUGCAUCAGCGCAAGGUCUUCUGGAUUGUUUGGCAAAUCUUCAGUUGUUAGACUUUGGUCCUAGUGCUGAAGACGGUAAAAAGGAUAAAUGCCAGGAGCUCAUGAGCAUGCUCAAAUCUCUUUGGCUUUGUGAUCCAAAAGACAGUGAGAAGACAUCUGGGGAAAGAAAAAAGUGUCUGGAUGAGGAAUUCAAAGCCAGGUCAUCCUCAGGGGUAGAUGUUAACAGUGGCUCAACAGGUUCAGGGAAAAGUAGUGUCAAUGAUGGCACCCAAGCACAAAUCAACACAGAAUGUGAAGUCCUGGAAACCCUGACAAAGGAACAGGAAGUUGAUGAAACAGUAGAAGGGGAAGCUUCAGAAACGCCAGGAUCAAAACAUGAUUCAGCCACUCCAGAUAUAGCAAAUCAAGCUCAGUUAACCCCAGAGACAAAGGACACAGAUGAAGGAAAGCUAAAAGAUGAUGUCCCAAGCUCUGAAGAGACAAUCAGGAGUAAUGAUAGUCCAAGGGAACUCAUUGAAACACCUCUUUCCUCAAACAAGAGUUCUGGGAAUAAUCCCCAAAAAGAGGAAACUGAAUCAGACCAUCAAGAGGACACAAGUUCAGGCACUGCUCCAAAACAACAAAGAGGUCAGCUAUCAAAAAGGCUUUCUCAAGAUCCAGAUCCUAUAUGGGUUCUGAAUUUAUUGAACAAAUUAGAAAAGCAAUUUAUGACACAUUAUGUUAACGCAAUGGCUGAGUUCAAAGUCCGUUGGAAUCUGGAUGACAACGAGCAACUUGAUGUCAUGAUAUGCGAAUUGCAAGAUGAAGUCCGCAGACGGAUACAAUCGAGUAUAGACAGGGAGCUGAGGAAAAUCCAAGGCAGAGCUGGAAGACCAAGACCACCAAAAGACACAAUGUCACGUGAAUCUACCAUUCAAACAGAGCAAAGGCGAAGACGUCUGAAAGUGAUGCGUGACCAAUCAAUUGAUCCUCAACCUGCUAUAAGUGACGAUGAUUAUACAAUGACAGGGACCGAUUUCAGCGAUCAGCGUAGUGAUGAUGAAUAUUGUCCUUGUGACACAUGCUUGAAAAAGAAAAUGGCAUCCAAGCAUGUGUUACCUGUGGAAAUGCUUAAUUCUGCCCCUAUGAUGAUCGACUUUGAUUUAAGGAGAAUUCUUCAGAUGAAGAAAUCGGCCCCAAACAAUGAAAAGAUUGAGGAGACUGCCAAUGAACAAGCAAGUGAGAUGGAAGGAGAAAAUGCAGGGCUUGAGGCUGUCAAAGAGGAGGAUGAGAAAGAUGGGGCAGAUAAAGAAAUUCUUGCUUCCAGUGCUCAAGAAAUUGAAGAUGAAAAACAAGAAUGUGAGGAGGAUGAAGAAGAAGAUACAGCCAGACAUUUAAAGAAAGAUGUGGAUGAAUUUGCAGAGAUGUCUGUUAACACAAUGACUCCGCAACAAGAUGAAGAGCAAGAAGAGCCUGAGACUGAUUCUGGUUUAAUGACUGUCAAAGAAAGUACAAGCAGUUUUAAGAUUAAUGAAUUAGAUGAACUUGUGGCAAAUUAUGACAUUGGUGAAUCUGAUGAUAUAAUGCAAACUGAAGCAGCAAAGGAGGAAGCAUCUGAAGAACACACUGAGGAAGAAUCAGAAGAGCAGGACAAGACAGCCAAUGACGAAACUGCUGAAGAUGGGAAAAACCUAGGAACAGAAUCUGUUGAAGAGGGUGAGACCACUGCUGAAGCAGUAGCUGCUGGAGAGAAUGAAAUACCUGGUUGUGACACUGCAGAAGAAGGUGAUACAGCUGAGGGUCAGACAGCAGAUGGACAAAUGGCUGAAUAUAAAACUUCAAGAAAUGGUGAGGCAGCAGAAGAUGAAACUGCAGAAGAUGGACAAACUGCAGAAGCAGAAAGCACGGCAGAAAAUGGACAAACUUCUGAAGAUGUAACUGGAGAAGAAUGUGAGACUGUUAAUGAUGACAAUGCAAAAGAACAUGAGAUUGCUGAAAAUGAAGUUCUAGAAGAUGGACGAUCUCCCGAAUAUGAAACUGGAGAAAAAGGUGAGUCCAUUAAAGACGAGAUUGGAGAAGGACAUGAAACAGCUGAAAGUGAAACUGCAGAAGAUGGGCAAGCUGCUGAAGAUGAAACUGGAGAAGAAGGUGAGACCGUUAUUGAAGACACUGCAGAAGUGGAGGAGACAGCUCAAAGUGAAACUGCAGAAGAGGGACAAACUGCUGAAGAUGAAACUGGAGAAGAAUGUGAGACCGUUAAUGAAGACACUGCAGAAGAGCAUGAGACAGCUGAAAGUGAAACUGCAGAAGAUAGACAAACUGCUGGAGAUGAAACUGGAGAAGAAUCUGAGACAGUUAAUGAUGACACUGCAGAAGUGGAGGAGAGAGCUCAAAGUGAAACUUCAGAAGAGGGACAAACUGCUGAAGAUGAAACUGGAGAAGAAGGUGAGACCAUUAAUGAUGACAAUGUGGAAGUGGAGGAGACAGCUCAAAGUGAAACUUCAGAAGAUGGACAAACUGCUGCAGAUGAAACUGGAGAAGAAGGUGAGACAGUUAAUGAAGAAACUGCAAAAGAGCAUGAGACAGCUGAAAGUGAAACUCCAGAAGAUGUACAAAUAGCUGGAGAUGAAACUGGAGAAGAAGGUGAGACCGUUAAUGAAGAAACUGCAGAAGAGCAUGAGACAGCUGAAAGUGAAACUGCAGAAGAUGGACAAACUGCUGGAGAUGAAACUGGAGAAGAAGGUGAGACAGUUGAUGAAGAAACUGCAGAAGAGCAUGAGAUAGCUGAAAGUGAAAAUGCAGAAGAUGGACAAACUGCUGGAGAUGAAACUGGAGAAGAAAGUGAGACCGUUAAUGAAGAAACUGCAGAAGAGCAUGAGACAGCUGAAAGUGAAACUGCAGAAGAUGGACAAACUACUGGAGAUGAAACUGGAGAAGAAGGUGAGACCAUUAAUGAUGACACUGCAGGAGUGCAUGAAAGAGUUGAAAAUGAAACUGUAGAAGAAUGCCAAACUGAAGAUGAAACUGGAGAAGAAGUUGAGACAAUAAGCAACAACACUACAGAAGAGCACGAGACAGCUGAAAAUGGAGAAACUGAUGAAGAUAAAACUGCAGAAGAAUGUGAGACGACUGAAGAUAAAACUUUAGAAGAUGGACAAACUGCUGGAACAGAAACUGUUGGAGAGGAUGAAAUAACUGAAGGUGAAACUGCAGGGGAGGCUGAGGCAUCAGCUAAAAAUGCAACUAUAGAAGGAGAAACUGAGAGCAGUAUAGGUGAUUAUGAAAUUGCAGAAAAUAGUGAUACAGCUGAUAACAACACUGUAGAAGAGCAUGAGAUGGCAGAGAAUAAAUCUGUAGAAGACGGGCAAGCUGACACUGCAAGAGAGAGUGAUUCAGGGGAGGAGGAUGCCACAAAAGAGAGUGAAACAGCUGCGGAUGAAAUGGCAGAAAAUGGCCAAACUGCUGAAGCAAGAGAGGAUGAGACAGAUGAUGAUGAACCAGCAGAAGAUGAGCAGAAUGCUAAAGAGAGUGAGACAGUUGAAGAUAAAAGAAAAUCAGAGAGAGAUACUGCAGUGGGGACAUCGGUUGAAGAAAGAGGAACUGAUGAAGAUGAAGACAACACAGAUGAUGCAGGAACUGCAGGAGGUAUGACAGCUGAGGAAAAUGAGACAUCUGAAGUAGAAACAACAAAUGAGAAGACCACUGAAGCUGAAAUUGAGAUGUCUGAAAAGGAAGCUACUGUUGAAGAUAGCAACACGGCUGAAGACAAGAAUGCUGUGGUAGAGUUGGCAGAGCAAACUCCUGAUCAUGAGACGACUGGAGAAGAGACGGACAAGGGUCAGUCAAACGAUGAGGAAGACAUAGAAACUGUCAGUUGUGAGGCAUCAGAGGAUAAUGUUCUUUCUAACAUUGAGGACACUGAGAUUCAUGUCUUGACUAACCUCGAGGGAAUUGAAGAUGAAACACCUCUUAAGAACAAUGGUGACAUUGUUCUAGAUAGUGUUGACGAUAAAGGUGAAGAAAGUGGAAAAGAAGAUAAUAAUGUGGAGGUAAUGGCAAGCAAAUCUUGUUAUGUGGGCAACACUAGUGAAUCAGCUGAAGCUGGUGAUGAAGCUGAGGAUGACACAGAGCCAGAUGAAGGGGAGUAUAAUAGAAACACUCUACCUUUACAGCCUCUGUUACAGCCAAAACCAAAAGAUGACAAACCAAAUGGGGCAGCUUCAUUUAAUAUUUUGGUAGCGCACAAUUCAGAGUUUGAAGAUGGUGCCGAUGCUGAUGUAGAAGACUCAGAAACAGAAGAACACAACCAAGUCAGAGAUUGGAGUUCUGAGUCAGAGACCAAGCCACAGAGGAAAACUGCACAUAAAACCUUCAAGAUGCUCAUUCACUCUCUGAAUUUCCUCAAACUCUCAGCAGCUGGACUACCAAAGAGCAAGGAAGAGUAUAAUGAACAUGAGGUUGAAGAUGAAGAGACCCCAGAGGACGGCAGUGAUGAUGCAGAAGACAGAUCCUGUGUGGAGAAAGAAGAGGUGGAAGAGAAUGGAAAGGAGAAAGGCAAACUCUCAGAUAUUACAGAGGACACAGCAGAAGGUGAUGAUGACCAGACAAAUGAGACUAGUGAUGAUUCAGAGGACCGUGAAUGGGAAUCGUCCGGAAAUUCCUUGCAAAAGCAGAUAACAAAGUCAUCCCUGGAAUCUCAGCCAGGUUCCUUUGAGGAAGUUCAGGAGGAACAGGCUAAAAAGGUUUAAAUCAUCUGAAAGCCAACUGGUAGAAUCCUACUUCAGCAUAAAAGAAAAGAACAAAAGAUGCUUUUUAGCUUGUAAAAAUGUUUCCAGAGGGGUUAUUUCUCUAGUAUCCUUAGACCUUAUAAUUAUUAUAAGUUUUUAAUAGCCCUUUUAAUUCUUUAUUUUAUUUACCAAAGAGUAACAUAUAAUGCACUUUACUUAUUAUUCACUUAUGAUUCCAUUAUAUAUGCAGAUUAUAUAUGCAAAAGCACAGCAUUACUGCUCAGGUACUGUAAAAAGGGAACUGCUGAAACUUGAACAGCACAUAAAGCUCUUCUGACUUGAUGGAAGGAAAACUGUUUAGAAUUUUAGUAUAUUUAUGUCAGAACAACAUAUUUAAUUGCAGUUAUUUAUAUAAUUCACUCAGUUGUAAGCCUUAGCCAUUGGAUGGACUGUUGACACUGGUUAAUUAUGUAUUACUGAAUCAUACUGUAUAUGUGUGUACUGCUAUACAAAUGUUCCACAGUGUAAAUGAAAAAUCACACAUCAUAGUGACAUGUAAUGGAAAUCACGGGGCAUAAACUGUGGUUAUGAGAAUGAAUGUAUAAGAAUCUAAUUUACUUGUAGGUUGCUUGUGGGAAAGCAUACCUUUAAAAACGUUUUUUUUCAUCCCUG